AGAAGGUGGCAUUUCCAAAUUCCAGGGAGUGAACGAGAGGCCAACGGUAGCCCGCUGGAAAGGGAGGGAGAUAGGAAGUCCUCCUCCCUCAACUCCAUUCUCCAUUCUCCAUUCUCCAUUGAAAAGAUGCAAAUGCUAGCAGCAUCGCCUUCAUGGAAGCUUACAUUUACCCCCACUUCUCAUUCCCAUUCUUCUUCAUCCACCAUUUGCUGCAGCUACUCCCCUGCUUCUUCUGCACCACAGUCUCAAUCCAAGCUCCCUUCUCAAAAACCAUCUUCCAACUCCAAUUUCGAUUCCGACCCUAAAUUUCCAAACAAUAACAACAAGGUUAAUUCCACAAAAGGCAUUUCUCAAAUUCAAGUUCCACGCCAAAAAUAUAUCCCGGUUUCAAAAUCCCAACUUCAUGAUGCUCUCCUCUCUCUCCUCCGCAAUACGGAUGACAACGAUGCUGGAGGCGACGAUUCCGUUACCGUUACCUCCCAGUUCAUCCUCUUAUCCUCGUGCUUGGACUUGAUUCUUAAUGCUGAGCAUAAAAGCAUUUUGGAGGAAAUGCGAGCAGAUUACUUUUCCAUGCAGUCUGUGGGAAAUGAGGAGGCCCUGGAUACAGUUGGACUUGAAAGGGAAAGAGAAGACGAUUCUGCUGAGGGCAUCGAGUUCGUUAAUGGUCGAGGGAACGGGAGUGUAAAGAGUAGUGGAGAUGACACUGUAGCUAUGGAGGAGAAACGACUAUCUUUCUUAAAAGGGUUGGGCUUGAUGCAAAUUUUUGGUUCUUCAAUGGGUGAUACCCCAGUGAAUGAUGACAAAAACAGUACUUCUGAAGUGGCUACAUUGACCCGUUUCCAGCGCUCUUUCAUGAAGCUUCUUCAAGAUGCGCAGUUUGAAGAGCUAUCAGUGAGAGAUUUGAUGCUUACAUCUGCAUUAAACAGUGAUUAUCUUCUCACUUUGCCAAUAUAUGUUGACUGGAAGAGAGCUUCUGAGUCCAAAGCAAUCAUAUUCAGGAGAGGGUACGGUACUGAGAAGCAGAAAGGACUGCUAAUAGUUGAAAAGCUUGAUUAUCUCCAGUCGAAGGUUCUGCAAGAAAUUUUUGGCCUCGUAUCAAAACCACUAAUGACUGUUGGACUUUGGAUAAAAGAGGCCAUUCAACUAGCCAGUGAGAGUGAGGGCAUUCAGCUGUGGAUCAGGAGAAUCCAGCUCAAGGUCCAGGAGACAUCUCUAUUCCAACAGCCAUAUACUUCCAAUACAACAUCAGAUGAUUUGCCAAAAUAUGACCAGGAUUUAGACAGGGACUUGCCUAUCUGGCUGGCUGCACAAGAGGCUGUAAGUCGUUAUGAAGGCUUCUUGUCAUCAAUAGGACCUCGUAGUAGGUUACUCAGGAAGUUCCUAACAUGGGUUGGAGUUCUACCACCAUCACCAGAAGUUCCUUUUGAGUUUGAUUCUGAAAAUAAUGUUGCUACUGAGCCUCACUUAAGGCCAGUCCUAUUAUCUAGAAUCACUCUCAAUGAUUUAUGGAGACCUGCUGCAAGAAAAUAUUGUGGGAACAAUGUGUGGAGAAUGUUGAAAGUCGGAUUUUCUAUCAUUUUCUCUCGAUCAAUCAUCCAGGAACCUACAUUUCAGGAGUUGAUAUUGCUGUACACUGAAGAGACUGGAGAUACGAAGAUUUCUUCGUUGCAAUUAAAGAUUUAUGAGAAAAUUCCUGUGCCAGAUUUAUCGGUCAUUUUUCCUCACAAAAAGCUUUCAUUCCGCAUACUGGACACAGUACGCUUGGAUGUUGCCACAAUAGUAGGACUUCUGGCUUACUUCAUCAAUUACAAAUUUGAGGAUGCCUUGUCUUCUCCGUCAUAUUUACUGCUAGAUGUCAUUUCUGUGAGCGCCCUCAUCAUUUUUGUUACACGUGUAGCUCUUGGAUACAAACAGACGCGGGAUAGAUACGAGCUUCUCGUCAACAGGGCGUUGUAUGAAAAAACUUUGGCUAGUGGGUUUGGCUCUGUUUAUUUUCUCCUAGAUGCUUCAGAACAACAGCAAUACAAGGAAUGCAUUUUGGCCUAUGGGAUCCUGCUCAAAGCAGAAAAAAAUCAGUUCCCUACUCGCACAUCCCUAGGAGAAGAAUGUGAGAGAUUUUUGUACAGCAAGUUCAAAGAGAAGGUAAAGAUGCCAGUUGACAAGGCUGUAGAUAUGUUGAUAAAGUUUGGUCUUGUAGUCGAAAAGAAAAUUAAUGGCAAAUAUAUAUUACAAGUUAUUCCAUGCUCUGUGGCAUAUGAUGCCCUAAGAAACCGUUGGGAUUGUCUGCUGCUUUAGAUUUUGGCUGCGUCAGGCAACAUUCUGUACUAUAGAAUUUUAUGGUGCACAUCUAUUUUUAAGUCUCGUAUACUUGUAAUCUGCAAACAUCAUCAUUGUAUAUAUCACCGGCUUAACAUUGUAGCUUAACCUAUUGUGUACAGAGGAGUAUUUCGUGUUUUAAA